AUGGAGCAGAAAGGAGUUCAGCUGGACCAUAAAUCUAUCUCUUGUUCCAUCUGUUUGGAUCUACUAAAGGAUCCAGUGACUAUUCCCUGUGGACACAGCUACUGUAUGAACUGUAUUAAAUACUUCUGGAAUGAACAAGAUCAGAGGAGAAUCCAAAGCUGUCCUCAGUGCAGGAAAACUUUCAGACGAAGGCCUGCCCUGGAGAAAAACAUCAUGUUAUCAGCUUUAGUGGAAGAUCUGAAGAGGACUGGUCUCCAAGCUGCUCUAGUUCAUCACUGCUAUGCUGGACCUGAAGAUGUGGCCUGUGAUGUCUGCACUGGGAGGAAGAUGAAAGCUGUCAAGUCCUGUUUAUCCUGCCCUGCUUCUUACUGUCAGAAUCACCUCCAACCUCACUAUGAUGUUCCUGGACUGAAGAAACACAAUCUGGUGGACCCCUCCAAGAAGCUCCAGGAGAACAUCUGCUCUUGUCAUGGUGAGGUGAUGAAGAUCUUCUGUCGUACUGAUCAGCAGUGUAUCUGUUAUCUCUGCUCUAUGGAUGAACAUAAAGGCCAUGAAACUGUCCCAGCUGCAGCAGAAAGGACUGAAAAGCAGAAAGAGAUCCAGGUGAGUCAACAACAAAUCCAGCAGAGAAUCCAGGAACGACAGAAAGAUCUGAAGCUGCUUCAACAGGAGGUGGAGGUCAUCAAUGUCUCUGCUAAUAAAUCAGUGAAGGACAGUGAGAAGAUCUUCACUGAGCUGAUCCAUCUCAUCCAGAAAAGAAGCUCUGAUGUGAAGCAGCAGAUCAGAUCCCAGCAGAAAACUGAAGUGAGUCGAGUCAAAGAUCUUCAGGAGAAGCUGGAGCAGGAGAUCACUGAGCUGAAGAGGAAAGAUGGUGAGCUGAAGCAGCUCUCAAACACAGAGGAUCACAACCAGUUUCUCCACAACUACCCCUCACUGUCAGCACUCAGUGGGUCUACACACUCAUCCAGCAUCAAUAUUCAUCCUCUGAGAUACUUUGAGGAUGUGACAGCAGCUGUGUCAGAGCUCAGAGAUAAACUACAGGACAUCCUGGGAGACACAUGGACAAACAUCUCACUGACAAUCACUGAGGUGGAUGUUCUUCUGUCAGAACCAGAACCGAAGACCAGAGCUGGAUUCCUAAAAUAUUCAAAAGAAAUCACUCUGGAUCCAAACACAGCAAACAGAUAUCUGUUAUUAUCUGAGGGGAACAGAAAGGUUACAAGAAUGUACCAACAACAAUCUUAUCCUGAUCAUCCAGACAGAUUCACUUAUUGGUUUCAGGUCCUGAGUCGAGAGAGUCUGACUGGACGUUGUUACUGGGAGGUGGAGUGGAGAAGAGAAGGAGUUGCUGUAGCAGUUUCAUACAAGAAUAUCAGCAGAACAGGAGAUUCAGAUACAUGUUUAUUUGGAUACAAUGACAAAUCUUGGUCAUUAGAUUGUUACACAGAGAGAUACACAUUUUAUCACAACAACAUUAAAACCCCAGUACCAGAUCCAGUUUCCUCCAGACUAGGAGUGUUCCUGGACCACAGAGCAGGUAUUCUGUCUUUCUACAGCAUCUCUGAAACCAUGACUCUCCUCCACAAAGUCCAGACCACAUUCACUCAGCCUCUAUAUGCUGGGAUUUUUGUUAAUAACGCAAACUCUACAUUUGUUAACCUUAAAUAGUCAGAACUGUUCUGAGGUCCAGUUGGUUAAAAUGUUUAUUUUAGUUCCAGUUUCUUUAGUCUCCAUCAUUGUUGCUGAGAGCUCAUUGUUGUGUCAUUUCUUCACUGCUCAGAGAUCAGCUGUCUUUAU